CCUUCCCUAAACUCAGGAAGUAGUGCUACUGACGCUUUACCAUCAAUCUCAAGCCACUUUACACUUUUUUUUUUUUUUUUUUUUUUAAAGAAGCCAUUUAUAACUUCUUAACUCCAACCAAACGUACCAUUGUUUUUUGUCGUUAGCUAUGUCUUGGCCUAGACAAAUAUAACUAAAGCUAGCUUUUACGAGGUUUACAUGAGAACAUGUGAGUUGAAAGUGUGGGCAUAGAUAGUUUUCAACUUUUAACGGCCCCAGCGACGCAGUUACGCAGUUUACAACUAAAACGCUCAGACGUGCAACUAAAUUUAAACACUCUGUAGUGUUUUUAACUGGCGAAGCGAUCUGAGAAUCCAGUAAAUUUAGCAAUAAAUCGGAUCACUUGACUGGACUGCUGGUACCAAGUCGCCCUCUGCAGGAUUGCUUCGGUAACUGCGUAGCAGAGUUUGACCGUUAGAGAAAAGCCGAGCUCUGAAUGGUUGAGUCUCCUCUCGCCUUAGGUGUGCUGCCUUCAAAUGGCGUUGGAAGAACGGCCGUUUGUACUCGAACGCGCUUCAAGAGAUCAAUGAAAAUUGGAAAUGCAGACGGAAAAGCCUCGAUUUUCCUACGACUAGGCCGAUUCACGAGUAGUCGUAGAAAGCUAAUUUGAUCACAACUUCCACUUGUACGCGAAAGAUGAGAAUGUAACAGCAGGUGUAUAACUCCCAACCCUCCACGGAGGAGCUGGUGGAGGGCACAUGAAGGCAGCAUCGGUAUCGAUUAUCGCACUGCCCCUCCAGCAUCCCCACACGACACAGGGUCUCACAGGCGGCGGCGGCGGCGGCAGCAGCAGCGUCGUAGACCUGUAUGCGAGAGAGUGAAAAGCAUCACCAUGACCAUUAGAAACACUCUCCGCGACCAUGGACAGAGGUAUCGACCGCGGAUGGCUUGUCUCAAGAAGGCAGAGAAGGUGCUACUGGAGAUGCAGGAUCCCAAAACAGGAAUCAAGUCACAGCCCCAGCGACUGGUUAUCACGACAAUACCACAUGCAAUUACUGGUGAAGACAUAAUUGCAUGGAUAGCAGACAGAUUUCAAACGGACACACAAGAGGCGAGGAAUUUUGGCUCUAUGCUGGUGGCAUUAGGAUACAUCUACCCUCUACAAGACCACAAACGCUUAGUGGUCAAACCAGAUGCGUCCCUCUAUCGCUUCCAGACACCGUACUUCUGGCCCACCCAGCAGUGGCCUGUUGAGGAUACAGACUAUGCAAUCUACCUGGCAAAAAGAAACAUACGGAAGAAAGGAAUCCUGGAGCUGCACGAGCAGGAGCAGUAUAACCGUCUGCACAAGCGGAUGAAUCAUAAAUGGGAUUUUAUAGUGAUGCAAGCUAAAGAACAGUACAGGGCCGCAAAGGAGAGGAAGAAACCAGACCGUGUGGUUUUUGACUGCCAGGAGAGAGCUUACUGGGUGGUUCACAGACCUCCGCCAGGGACAGUGAGUGCCAUGGACUAUGGACUGGAUCGACGAGUAGAUCCUAAUGCAGAUGAGGCAAAAACACCUGACUUCUAUGAGAGGAUUAUGAUCUUUACCCAGCAGUCUAUCAUGAGGCCCAGAGUGAAGUCAUCUGUGUCCAUUGGCGCGUUGGUGAAAUACUGCGCCACCUAUAACAGCCACGACCCUUUCCUCUCCAAGUGUCUUCCCAGCAACCCCUGGCUCACUGAUGACGUCACAUACUGGACCUUGAACAUGCCCAAUGUGGAAAUACCAAGUAAAAUGCGUGUGGAGAGGUGGACGUUCAGCUUCGGAGAGCUGCUCUCAGACCCUCGAGGACGAGAUGAUUUCAGACUCUUCCUGAAGAAGGAAUUCAGCGGGGAGAACUUGGCAUUCUGGGAAAGUUGCGAGGAUCUGAAGUGGGGCACAGCUGCGACGAUGAGAGAGAAAGCAGAGCAGAUCUACAAGACUUUCCUGGCACGUGGUGCACCGCGGUGGAUCAACAUCGAUGGAAAGACAAUGGAAGUAACAGUUACCGGUCUGAGACACCCACACAGAUACGUCCUGGACCCAGCCCAAACUCACAUCUACAUGCUGAUGAAGAAGGACUCAUAUGGGCGGUACAUGAAAUCUCCAGUCUUUAAAGACACGUUGAAGAAAGCCAUCUGUCCUGAGGAGCACAAGUUCACUGAUGCCCAGUUGGAGCAGAAUGCGAAGAACAGACGGCCCAGUCUCAGCCCGAUCAUCCUCCGGCAGCAGGAGCAGGAGCAGAGGGCCAAGAUGGCUGCCAGUGCCCCCGUUGACAUCACACAGGUCAUGAGCAAACUCAGCAAGCAGGGCAAGGAGGUGCCCCCUCGUCCUCCUCGUACUAAGAACUGAACACAAACAUGUGAUGUUCAGUGACGUAGGAGAUUUUAAUACUAACAGUCAGGGUUGGGAGCAGUUGAGAUUUUAUUUAAUAAUUUAGUUGAGUCAUUUAAAAAGAAGCUAUAUGUUUAUUUGUUAAUGAUAAUGUCUACAUUUUAAUGUCGUUUAGUUUUAUUUUAAAGCUGCUAUAAUCAAUAUUUUUAUAAUAAGAAAGGAACAAAUAACUAAGUGUAAUGUGAGAGGAGCUGCUCGUAAUUACAAACUCACAGAGAGUUAUAACCCAACUGCAGUUCUCUCCAGUUCUAUGGAGCUUUUUAGCGUCUUUCAGCUCAUUGUUUUGGUUUUUCAGCCCACAGCCUUACUGUUUGGGUUCACUCUCCCCGCUCUCAUAGUUUUAUGCUCGCUGCAGGUAGCUGUUUUCAGUGAAAAAAAACAAAGAACAAGUGAACACUAACUGUCCAUCACCAAAGGGCAGACAGACAGAGUUAGUGACUAGCUGAUUAACACAAUGUAGCAUUUUGCAGUUAAAGUGUCAGCUAUCUCUUUCAUUAGUUAGUGGAGACCAAAAACAGAGCAGCUAAAAUGAGAGUAAACGUUGGACUUACAUUCAUCGGGUGGCCAGAAACACGACUCCAAAUGAACGCUAAUGUUGCUCCAUAACUGCUGGAUGUGUAGAUAGGCGACAGUUUGCUAACAAGUUAAGCAUAUCAACCUAAAAGGUGAUGGAAGAUAUGUCCGUGUUUUGUUUACAGUUUGUUUCCACUGCCCACAAGUGGACAAAAAUGAAGUUGUUGCAAGUUUAAUGAUAUUCAAACAUCCAAAAGCAUGCAGUACAUAAUAUAUCCACAUCAAAAAAUCACAAAGGUCUAUUUCCAAUGUGACGUCUAGCGGAAAAAAAGGCUCAGAGUUGGUGGUUAUUUCAGCCUUAAAAUGUCACAGACAACAUCUACAUCAUCCAGUCCCGACCCUGCGAAAACCCCCCUGUCUUGUUGGUUUGUUUGUUAGCGCUACAGAAAGUGCAAGUUUUUUUGUUUUGUUUUUGUUUCUUUUUUUUUUGUUUUUUUCAAAAAAGCACAUUCUAAAGCGAUGUUCGAAUGGGAAUAUGCAAUACUGAGAACGCAAUCUUAGUUCAGUUGCAUUGUAUUAAAGCCACUGUUAAAUAUGCAAAUUAGAUAGCAGAAUUAUAAAUAGUAAACUAAUAUGAGACCAUUUGAAAGGGCUAAGUUCACUCAACUUACAAAAAAACGUUUCGAUCCUUCCCACUACUCUCUUGUGAUAUCCUGCCCUAUGCGUACUUUUCGGUUUUACGAUGUAUUUUCCCAGGUUUUGAGCUAUUUGCUGAUGAGACGUUUGAAAUAAUAAAUGAAAUUUACUUACCUGGCAAAUGUCUCAGUGCCAAAUAUCGCAAAAAAACCCCUGGACUCCCGAAACCACUGCGAGAGGUAAAGACUUGUGAUUUGGGUGAACUGAACCUUUAAACACAUCACACACCUCCUGGCACGAGUCAUGUCGAGCACACACUACAGGCAGAGGACAAAUGACCAUGUUGAGACCUCUUUUCCCGUCUGUUACAUUUCUGUCCACACAGGCUGUAACUCUUGUCGGCCAUGCUGUCUCUCAUAAUGCAUGUGUUGUACUGUCCAUCCUCACUCAUAAAGUGUUCUGUACUGUGCUGUGUGUUUUGUUCAUCAUCAGUCAUAAGCUAAUAAAAU